AUGUCAUUUUGUCCAAAAAAAAAAAAAAAAAAACUCACGAUUACAGGUAGAUUCAUCUGCGCAAAAAUGGCCGAAACGACACCGUCACGCACAAUCUCCCUCAUCUCCAUCCUCUUCCUCCUGCUCACCACCGCACCAAAACCCACCCAUUCCUUGUCCUUCUCCUUCGUCCAGUACCGAACCGUCGUCUCGCUCUCCCACUCGCUCAUGACGCGCGUGGCCAACCUCCGCGCCUCCAGGGGCGACGUCUCGGGCUCGCGCCGGGCCCAUUUCAUCGCCGAGAAGCUCGAGAGUGGGCUGAACUUCGGCUUCUUGGGUCUCACCUGGUCAUUAGGCUGGGACUACCUCAAGAACUACGCGCGGAGGGAUAUAAACUACGCUGAGAUGUACGGCGUCGUUUCGGACGUGAACGAGUUGCUUAAAUCUGUGAGUGAGUUGACCCGGACGAACUCGGACGCCGAGAGAGCAACCUGGGCGGGGCGGAAUUACCAAAAUGUCCUCGGCGUCUCUACCUCGCUCUUUAAGAAGCUCGUCAAAGUGUUUGCUAAAUCGGGGACGUUGAGGGAAGCUCUGAAGGUGGCGGAGAGAGAGGUGGUGCAGGGAGGUUUACUGAAGGACUGUCUUGAAUUGGGGAGCAAUGACUUGAAAGGUUUGCUUCAAAUUCUCAAAGACUUGGCUUCCUCCGCUAAUGCUAAUACUAACACGAAUGCUAAUGAUUGGCGUGAUCCAUGACACACAUUACUACACACAAAGGAAGACCAAGAUUUUAUUUGUAAUCAUCGUUUUAAAAAAAAAAAUGUUAUUUUGUAGAAAAUAGAAAAAUUUGGUAGUGUCAUAAUUCUAGAAAUUUAUAUAUUUUUUUCUUGUGUAGGAAUUACAUCAAGUUGUUAAGAGUAAUUUAUCACAAGCAAUUUCUAUACCAUACUCUUUGUCAUUGACGGAGCUGUUAUUGGACUAGGGGGGGCAAUGCCCCCUAAUUGUUUUUUAAAAAAAUAUUACUAUAUUAAUAAGUAUUAACUUUAGCAAUUUUGUUCAAUAAAAUUAUACUUUGUCCCCCUUAAUAAUGCUAUCAAUUCUUUUGAAAGUAAUGUUAUAGUCACAAAUAUUUUUACUAGGGCUGUCCAGAGACCCGGCCAACCCGACCCACCCGUCGCUGCCGACCGAACCCGACCCGCCGCCGACCGAUCCGACUUCUCCGGCGGUUGGCGAUGGGUUUGUUUCUCCAAAACCCGAGUUUGGCAGGUUGGAGGUCGGUUUUCCCUCUCCAGAAUCCGAUCAAAUCGACCCGACCGACCCAUAAGAUUUCCGGCGCUAUUUGGUAGAUCCGAUGAGAUCUAGACCAUUUUCGUCAAGAUCUCGGCGAGAUUUCGCCGGAUCUAGCCAAGAUCUUGUCGAAAAUAGCCUAGAUUAGGCCGGAUCUGGAGAAACCUCGAAGAUUUUGGCCGUUUUCAUGUGUUUAUUUUCACCGUUUUCACACGGUUUUCGCCGUUUUCUGGAUUUUCGACCCCGACCGACCCGCCCGCCGCCCGUUGAUGGUUUGAUCCGCCCGAUCCGAUUACUCCCGCGGUCGGCGGCGGGUGCAUUUCUUUGUCACCCGAUUUCGACGGGUCGGUUCCGGGUUGGUCACAAACCCGACCCGGACCGACCCAUGGACAGCCCUAAUUUUUACAAUGUUUACACAAACUAUUGAGGUAGCAAAUUCUUAUUGGUUCGUAUACUUGCAUAACUUUUUACUUAUUAAUAAUUACUCACCACAUUAGCAAUUUGUAAAAAUUUUGCAGUUUUAGCAUUUUUCACAUUUUUAAGGACAUAAAAAAUUAAUAGAUUAAAUCUAAAGCAAAAUAUACAAGCCCAAAAAAAUUAGCCCAAUAACAAAAAUCACCAAUAAUAAAACUAAAAAAGUUAAGCCCAAUCAAUCUAUUUUACCCAAAACAAGCAACUUGGUCAUUUAAAAAAUUUUAAACAAAAAUCCUUAGUAGUAAACUCAAAGACCGUAGCCACCACACACAGCUAGCAGCAAAAUUGCCCCCCCUAACUCCAAGUCCUGACUCCGUCCCUGUCUUUGUUUGUAGUGAAACUCUUUUUGUAUUUUGUUAAUGAUUUUUUUGAAAAGUAGAUAUUGGGUUAAAGUGUUUUUUUUUUUACUUGUUAUGAUUAAUGUGGAAAAUUCAUAAUUUUAAGUCUA